AAAGUGCGCCAACUCCAUACAUUUUGGCUCCAAAAUCCAUUCAAACAAGCAAAAAAAGUGCGCCAAUUCUUCGAAAAUCGAAAUCACAAUACAAAGGGGCAAAUUCAGUUUCUGGGGUUCAAUUUCUGCUUUCAUUUUCAAACCCUAGAAAUAACAACAACCCCCCAAAAAAAAAAAACCCAACUCUGAGAGUAAAGAAGAAACCAGAGAGUAAAGAAGAAAGAAAUCGGUUCUAAUGGCGAAAGGUCCCUCAAACAACCCCUACGAAGAGGCACGGAAACAACGAUUAGAAGAAAAUAUGAGAAGAUUUCAGGAAUUGGGCGUUGCAAAGUUUGUCAACAGUCUAAAAGAAGAGGUUAUCAAAAUCAAAAACAAGUCUCUGCCGAAACAUCAAGUAAAAGUGAAGAGAACAACUAUAAACCCUCCUGGUCCAUUGAGACGCUCUACACGUCCCCGGGCUGAAGCUUCCUAUGUGGAAGAGUUUGUUCCCGACAGUCCCCGGCGUAAAAGGUUGAGAUCAAGUUCAUCAACAAGCUAUAUAUCAAGAAGAAUCGCUACUAAAAUGCAACGAUCUUAUCCUCUAAAGCGUGCAAAGAGAUUUGAAAGUCGUUUGUCGUCUGGACACCCAUCUUGUGUCAAAUCACUGCGCAGUUCACAUGUAUCCGGCAAUUUUGUGCUGCUAAGCUAGCAAGAUAUAUGAAACUUUGAUUCUCCAUAUUCUCAUUUUUUGUUUUGUCCACAGUCAAUGGGAAAGCUAAUAAUUUGAUAAUUGUCUCUUCCCAUCGUGUUAUUGUUAAGAAAAUGCCACAGGAAUUCUGUAACUAUCACAUUCCCAAGGAAAAACUGACAAUGGUGCUGGAAGAUGAGGAAGGCUCAAUCUAUGACACAAAAUACCUAGGGGAGUUCGCAGUUCUUUCUGGUGGGUGGAAACCAUUUGUUGAGGAUCAUGAGUUGGAUGAUGGGGAUGCUUUAGUAUUGGAGCUUGUUCAGCCUAGAAGAUUAAAGGUAUAUAUAUUUAGAGUGCCUAAUGGCGGUAGUGAAGCAAAAGUCCAUGAGAUAAAGGAAGCUAGAGAAAACGAAUCUGUCGAGAAAGUUCACAAUUUUGAUGAAGAUAUGGCUGAUGUGGAUUAUACUGAACAAAUUACCAUACCCACAAAGAGAAGAACCCAAAGAAAGCUGUAGAUUGUGAUGCAAAGACUAACAAAACCAGGUUGCUGAUCAAGACGACUAGUAUUUCAGUAGAAGAAGUCAGAUGAACAAAUUUAAUUAGAAAUUUUUGUGGCGAGAUAUAAACUUUUUCUUGCUGGAAAGAUUUAUACUAUGUGCGUAGGUAUGAAUGUUCUCCUAGAAAUAAUGGUAAAUGCAACCAUUGGCAAUCGUUUUGCACCACAUUGGCUAGCUAAUGUAGCAGUAGAAUUGU